CGAGCCUGAGGGAGCCCGGAGAGAGGCGGAGACCCGGCCCGGCCGUUGCCCAGCCUGAAGCAGAGCGCUGCAGUGCCCGCAGGGGGGACCGAGCUGCCGCCGACAGAGCCACGCUGCACAGCCACCCGCUCCCCGAGCCCAGUGCCACAAUGGCAACUGCACCUUACAACUAUUCCUACAUCUUUAAGUACAUCAUUAUUGGGGACAUGGGUGUAGGAAAGUCCUGUUUGCUUCAUCAAUUUACAGAAAAGAAGUUUAUGGCAGACUGUCCCCACACAAUUGGUGUUGAAUUUGGCACAAGAAUAAUUGAAGUUAGUGGCCAAAAAAUUAAACUACAGAUUUGGGAUACAGCAGGACAAGAGAGAUUCAGGGCUGUCACACGAAGCUACUACAGAGGAGCAGCAGGAGCUCUCAUGGUCUAUGACAUAACCAGAAGAAGUACGUAUAAUCACUUAAGCAGCUGGCUGACAGAUGCAAGGAACCUCACCAAUCCAAAUACUGUGAUAAUCCUCAUAGGAAAUAAAGCAGAUCUGGAAGCACAGAGGGAUGUUACAUAUGAAGAAGCCAAACAAUUUGCUGAAGAAAAUGGUUUAUUGUUCCUUGAAGCAAGUGCGAAAACUGGAGAGAACGUUGAGGAUGCAUUCCUGGAGGCUGCCAAGAAAAUCUACCAGAAUAUCCAAGACGGAAGCCUGGAUCUGAAUGCUGCAGAAUCGGGUGUACAGCACAAACCGUCAGCUCCGCAGGGGGGGCGACUAACCAGUGAACCCCAGCCCCAGAGAGAAGGCUGUGGCUGCUAGUGACCUCUGUUCCAUGGCUCCAUUUCUGACCUUUCACCUCUGUCUGUUGGAAGCGGUGCUUUUGACCGCUUCCCUGUCUUCUGUACAUCUUACUGGGUUUAAUUAAAACUCUGAGACAAGUUUAACACAGUACUAAACUGCUAAACAACUUUAGAUGUAAUCAGGUUAUCAAAGGCAAGUAGAGUAAUAAAACCUCUCCUGCAUGGUAAAUCUAGAAGUUUUUUUUUUUUCUUGAUUGUCCUUGUGAUAGUGUCACCGAUACAUAAUUUAAACUGAGCACCGAUGCUGGACUCAUGAUUUUACACUUUCGCAGGGCUUUGUCUUGUACGGUUUAAUUUUAUGGUUCUUUGGCCUUUCUUCCCCACCUCUAACUGUUUAGAGCUGUCCAUAGUAAAGGAUAAGUUUUUGCUGUGAAAUGACUUCCGAUGGUAGCAAGGGGCUCUGUAACAAUGUGCUUUUGUUGAAAGAAUUCCCUGUGGUGUGUGUGCUGGGGGUCGGGGUGGGCUGGCGCAGGAGCGUACAACUUGCACAGGGACACAAUCCAUUCAUUCUUGUGCUCAUAGCUUUAUGUCUUUUUUUUUUUUGCCACUUUUAUCCUUUACAUUUGUUAACAGAACGUAAAUAUGUAUAAAAUUUGAAGGAACUGAGCUAACAGUUAAAUACAUCCUGUGUAUAUGAUUUUAA